AUGUCGCUCUUCCGAAUUGGAGGUGCUGCUGGCCUCCGUGCGACUCGGGCCUUUGUGCCUGUCAAUGCCCGAUUUGUGUCCAGUGUGGCCAAGGGCGAGGUGAACACCAGUCCUGCUGAUGCUCCCGACGCACCCAACAAGGAUAGCACUUUGGUCAGCAAGCAGAGCCCUGUGGAGGCGAUGACUCGUCAUCAGCCUGAUUAUGAGGCUACCAUCGACCAUGCCACCUCCCUGUUUUCCCCGGUUCCCAAGCGCGUGAUGGAUGGCAGCGAGCCUGGUCCAGUAUUGCCUGCUGCAGUCCUCUCCGGCGCUCCCACCGAUCUCCAGGCGCGCACUGUCAGAAUUUACCGCCCCGCGAAGCCUGCGACUCAGUCUGGCACAUGGCACGGACACCACUGGCGUAUGGACUGGGAUAUCUUGCAAAAAGGUCACCGUUGGGAGAACCCUCUGAUGGGCUGGCAGUCAUCUGCGGAUGGUAUGCAGGGAACUAACCUCACAUUCAAGUCUAAGGAGGACGCCAUUGCUUUUGCCCAGAAGCAAGGCUACGAAUACUUCGUCCAGGAGCCUAACGAGCGCCGUUUUGUCCCCAAGGCUUAUGCCAACAACUUCCUCCACGAACCCAAGAAGCUCAAGCACAUCAAGACCAAAUGA